AUGUCGGCGGCGCCUGAAGUUCUGCCCGGACCGAUGACUUCUACGGAGGAGUCGACUGUAGCGCCAGACACGCCAGGCUCGUCUGAUGUGUCGGCGCCUUCCGCAGGAGCCACAUCUGGGCCGAGAAGGAUCACGGCCGGCGCCGGGGCAUCGAGCCGCCUUUGUCGAGCCUUGGGAAAAGAUGCGACUCGGCCGCCAGUGAUGGCCCGCGUCUUCCGUGAGGAGAAGCGGGAGGAGCAGGCAGAGAGUGGUGGUGCCAGGAGUGUUCCAGCCCCGGGACAAUACCCUCGAAGUCUGGCUCCAGUCCUUGCACGGCCAGCACCAGUGGUGGCAGAGGUUUUCCCGCGCAGUGCCAGAGCACUGGGCACGAAAUCCGCGCCAGGUGUUGGACCGCGUCUGCGCACUGUUCCAGGUCCUGGGCGGACAGGCACUGCCGUGAGCCCUCCACGCCAAAGUCCUGCGCGGAGCCCUGCCCGAAGCCGUGGCAACAGUCCAUCGAGCCCACGGCUUCGGAGCCGAAAGGAGCUGGAACAGCACAAGGUGGCUUUAGAAAUGCAGAUCGAAGAGGCGAAUCGUUCUCGGCUUUCACUCGAGCGCAUGCUGACCGAGGAGAGAUCACGCGGUGCAGCUGACAGAGCCAAGCUUGCGGCGCUGGGUGCACGGAUCGAACAGCUGGAACAAAGUCGUGGACAGACCGGCCCGCGUGUCUUGCAGGAGAAUCGCACUCUUCACACAGAGCUGGAGGCUCAAUCCCAGCAAAUCGAAGUGCUCAGGCAGCAGGUUCAGCUUCUCAGGGAUGGACACAUGGCCGAGCCUCAGCUGCAGGAGGAAAAUCUCCGUCUUCGUCGAGACUUGGAGCACAGUCGAGCAAUGCUUUCACGCUACACAGACGAGCUUGCGACGAUCAUGCCUGGCAUGCAAAAAGUCAUCCAGAAGUUUCAAGGUGACUUACAACCCGGCAGGUGCGCUGGCGAGUUCCUGGAUGCUUACGCUGAGGACCUUGCGGCAGCCGAAGGUACAUCUUCCAAGAGGCAGAGUAGUCCCCCAGUGCAAGCAGCAGAACACGUGGCCUUGGCAGCUCCAGCAAGAGGGAGAUCCAUCCCCCAGCAAGCGGCAUGCGAAAGUGCGCGGCCGUCUGCUCAGGAGUCCACGUGUGAUGCCAGGGCAGUGUCGAGUUGUCAGCGUGCAGCGGCCAAUUCUGUGAAGGACCAAAAACGUGCCGGCAGUCCCAAUGCAGGCCCAGCAGGCAGAGCUUCAAGUGGUCUGCAGACCGCUGCCAGAUCUGCAGGGCGACUCUCGAGCUGCCUCUCCAGGUUGGCGGAUGAAACGUUGGCAGUCCAGCGACGAAGCUCAGGAGCAAAAGGGCGCCAGGAACCUCCAGGCCUCCAGCAGCCACGUCCUGCCCGACGCACGCCUUCACCCGUGGAACGCAAGGCGAGCUUAUGCUCCGUCGCCGAGGAGCCGCCGCGGUGGCGCUUCUGA